GUCCUAGUUUAGAUCAGGCAGAAGCAAAGAAUUGCGCACUUAUUCUAAGUCCUAAGAUUUUAUUAUUAGAUGAAGCAACAUCAGCACUAGAUUCUGGUUCUGAAAAGGCUUUAGAUACUGCUGCAGUGGACAGAACAAUUUCAGGAGUUUUGGAAAAGACGCAUGCUCUGCCAGAAUUCAUGGUGAAUAGGAUGCACAAACAUAAUGGCAGUAAAGAUGGAGGAGUUGAUAUUUGUGUGUAUAUUUAUGGUACCAAAUUUGUAAUUCAGUGUAAAAAUUGGAUAAAAGAAAUAG